AUGACUGGUUAUGUUGUCACUGCGCUUGUUCCUAUUGUUUUUACAUUUCUCCUUCGAAAUGCAAAGAAGGUGAAGAAGCGAGGGGUUCCAGUCGAUGUUGGUGGGGAACCAGGGUAUACAAUCCGAAACAGUCGGUUCCCUUCCCCUGUUGAAACAUCAUGGGAAGGCAUAACUACUCUUGCAGAACUUUUUGAACAGGCAUGUAAGGAACACUCAGAUAAACCCUUGCUUGGAACUAGGAAAUUAGUUUCAAGGGAGCUUGAAGUGACUGAAGAUGGAAGGUCCUUUGAGAAGCUUCAUUUGGGAGAAUAUGAAUGGUUAACAUAUGCGAAAACAUUUGAAGCUGUGUGCAAUUUUGCUUCUGGAUUAAUUCAACUUGGUCAUAAAAAGGAAGAGCGUGUUGCAAUCUUUGCUGAUACGAGAGAAGAAUGGUUCAUUGCACUGCAGGCCUGCUUUAGGUGCAAUGUCACAGUGGUGACCAUAUAUGCAUCUUUAGGGGAGGAGGCUUUAUGUCACUCGUUAAAUGAGACUGAAGUUACAACAGUGAUUUGUGGGAACAAAGAGCUAAAAAAGCUAAACAGCAUUAGUGGGCAACUUGACACCGUCAAACGUGUGAUCUGCAUGGACGAUGAAUUUUCCACUAGUGCAAGUGGCAGAUGGGAAAUAACUUCUUUUGCUGAUGUUGAGAGUGUUGGUCGUACAAAUCCCGUUGAUACCGAUUUACCUGUUGCAGCUGAUGUUGCAGUGAUAAUGUAUACUAGUGGAAGUACUGGAUUGCCCAAGGGUGUGAUGAUGACACAUGGCAAUGUUUUAGCUACAGUUUCUGCAGUCAUGACUAUUGUUCCCGGACUUGGAAGCAAGGAUGUUUAUCUUGCUUAUCUUCCCCUUGCUCAUAUUCUUGAAUUAGCAGCUGAGAAUUUAAUUCCUGCUGUUGGAGGUGUAAUAGGAUAUGGAACCCCUUUGACUCUCACUGAUACAUCUAACAAGAUAAAAAUGAGAACAAAGGGAGAUGCCUCUGUGUUAAGUCCAACUGUGAUGGCAGCUGUACCGGCAAUUCUUGAUCGUGUUCGAGAUGGAGUACGGAAGAAGGUAGAUGCAAAGGGUGGACUGGCCAAGAAAUUGUUUGACUUGGCUUAUUCCCGUAGAUUAUCUGCAAUAAAUGGUAGUUGGUUCGGUGCCUGGGGACUGGAAAAGUUUCUGUGGGACUUUCUUGUGUUUAAAAAGGUACGAGCCAUUCUUGGUGGCCGCAUUCGGUUUUUGCUAUCUGGUGGUGCUCCUCUAUCUGCGGAUACUCAGAGAUUUAUUAACAUCUGCCUUGGUGCUCCUAUUGGUCAAGGGUAUGGUUUAACUGAGACUUGUGCUGGUGCCACCUUCUCCGAGGUCGACGAUACAUCCGUUGGUCGUGUUGGUUCUCCACUUCCUUGCUCCUUUGUCAAGUUAAUAGAUUGGCCUGAAGGUGGAUAUUUAACUAGUGAUUCACCAAUGCCUCGUGGAGAAAUCGUGGUUGGUGGUCCUAGUGUAACUCUUGGAUACUUCAAAAAUGAAGAGAAAACAAAAGAAGUAUACAAGGUUGAUGAGAGAGGAAUGAGGUGGUUCUAUACAGGUGACAUAGGACAGUUUCAUGCCGAUGGCUGCCUCGAGAUAAUCGAUCGCAAAAAGGAUAUAGUCAAACUUCAGCAUGGGGAAUAUGUCUCUUUGGGAAAGGUAGAGGCAGCUCUCAGUGUCAGUCCCUACGUCGACAAUAUCAUGUUGCAUGCAGACCCGUUCCAUAGUUACUGUGUGGCUCUUGUGGUGGCUUCCCAGCAUGCAGUACUAGAUUGGGCUUCAAAGCAAGAGGUUGCUUUUACAGACUUUGUGGACUUGUGUGAGAAAGAAGAAACAAUCAGGGAAGUACUUUCGUCUCUCGUUCAGAUGGGGAAGAAGGCACGAUUGGAGAAGUUUGAGAUUCCGGCUAAACUGAAAUUGCUUUCUACUCCAUGGACACCGGAAUCCGGGCUUGUCACUGCAGCUCUUAAGAUCAAGAGAGAGGCGAUCCGAAAAGCUUUCUCGGAAGACCUGGCUAAGUUAUAUGCAUAAUAGUUUUAAGAGGACUUGCAUGUUUUUACUUGCCACGACCCCAAACUAGUUUCAGAAUGAACACAUUCCUUGUGGUUGUCAUUGCAAUUCAUGUUUCAUUCCAAAGGAACCACCACUGGUCUUCUUUGUUACAAUUCAAUAAUUAUAAUUCAUCACCGUUAAAAUUAAUUUC